CUCCAGGAGGAGAGCUGGGAUGUGUCUCACAAGCUCAGCGUUGCCAUGGAGUCGAGGACGGGAUUGAAUCCAGUGACGCUGCUGUGGGGAAACAAGAGUUCAACGCAAACAGCAGCAAGUUGUGUUCUCUCCUUCCUCCUGCAGAUCUUCUCCAUCGUGGUGUUCGGCUCCAUCGUGAACGAGUGCUACGUGAACAAGGACAGCCAGCACCCCGAGCUGCUCUGCAUCUUCAACGAGAAUGAGAGUGCCUGCAGCUACGGCAUCGCCGUGGGCGUCAUCGCCUUCUUCGGCUGCAUCUUCUUCUUCGUGGUGGACCUGUACUUCCAGCAGAUCAGCAGCGUCAAGGACCGCAAACGGGCCGUGCUGCUGGACCUGGGCUUUUCAGGUUUCCUGGCCUUCCUGUGGUUUGUAGCUUUUUGCUUCCUGGCAAACCAGUGGCAGAGGACGACGCUGACCAGGGGCUUCUCGCAGGGCGCCGACGCGGCGCGGGCAGCGAUCACCUUCUCCUUCUUCUCCAUCAUCAUCUGGGUGGUGCUGGCACUGCGGGCGCUGCAGCGGUACCGCCUGGGCACGGACAUGUCCCUGUUCGCCACCGAGCAGUUCGGCACCGACCCCAGCGCCUCUUACCCCGGCUACCCCGGCGGCAGCGGCGUGGAGAGCACGGAGACCUACCAGAGCCCCCCGUUCACCGAGACCUUAGAGCCCAACCCCAAAGGUUACCAAGUGCCAGCGUACUGAGGGGCUGGGGCGCUGCCACCCUGCCCAGUCCCAAAUGUAUCCGGUCCCGUUUCCCUGCCGUGGCGAGUCAGCGCCGGCUCCCUUUAUUAGCUCGUUGUGCAGUGAAUUCUGUACAGUGGUAUUGGUUCUUGUCUUACCUGUCCCAGGGUUUCUAAAAGCAGUGUUCCCUCUAAGCCAGGAGGAAGGAAGGUUGGUACCACAUCACCUACACUGGGGAAGAGGAGGAAAUGCCCCCUCUGAGCUCUGCUGGGGAAGCCCAGGAUGCCUUUUCCUCUUAGAAAACAGCAGAGGAAUUAUGAUCUCGUUCUUCCAGAGCUAACACAGAAUCCAUCGAGGGUGGGUGGGCAGUGGGGAGAGCUGGCCCUGUCUGCUCCCAGUCCAGGUUCCAUGGAAAGUGCCAAAUUCACGGGGAAAUCAGCGGUGUCUGUGUUAUUUUUCUUUGUAUAUAUUUGCUGUACAAAACAAAAUAUCCAAACAGGUGUUUCAAAACUUGGUUUAGAGGCACGGUCAGGGUGGGCACAGCAGGCCAGGGUUGGGAUCAGAAUCCAGAUUGCUUCUAAGCUCCAGCAAGUUCUGCUUGAGGAUUUAAGACAUUCCUGUUUGGAAAGCAGCAGGAGCUGGUUGCUAACCGGGAACAGCCUGUGAUCAGUGGGAAUGCGGCGCUUUGAGAUUCUGUUUCUUCAUGGGGGAUUGGGAAGUUUGUAAAUUCCUAAGGAAUUUUUGUUUGGCAGCGCUGACACAUCCUCACCCUGGAGAGGUGAGGACCAAGGUGAGGGGCUCAGACUCUACAUCCAAGGCCAUUAGGAGGAAAAUUGGACUUGCAUUUUAAUUCUGGGAGCAGCCACCAUCUGUCAGCUUCAGCAGAAGCCCAGGAGGAGACACGUGUGUCACCCUGCAGCCUCCAGAAAUGAGGGAUUCAGGCAGGGAACUGGAAAGGCUUCACAGGCCUUUAGAGUCCGUGUGGGCUCAUGGCCCCGUGUUUGGAAAUGGUGUGGGAAGAGUCAGUGAAAAGCACCCAGGAAAGAGGCUCAGGUCGGGGGUUCAGCGGCAAAGGACAAAGAAAAGACCGGAAUGUGUAAAAUCCAUGAGGUCCUUGUCAGCCACCUGCCAGCUUUCCCUGCCCGUGUGGCAGCUGAUCCAGGCUGUGUCAAUAAGGGCUGAGCAGAGGAGCUGCAACUUGAAUUCCCAGCCCUGCUGGUGGCAGCUCCAUCCCUGGAGACUCCGGCUCUCCCGGCACUCCGGGGUCCUGCCUUGCCUGUUGGUGCCGGCAAAGCCACCACUGCCUUCCGACCUCGUGAGGAGCAAUAGCCACCAGCUGUCCCCUCCCUGCCACAGGUCCUGGUCACCACGCCACAGCUCCUUCCUGCUGCUGAGCGGCAGAUCAGCGCACUAAUUAAUGAGCAGCAGGGAAAUGCGCUAAUUAAGCAGCCAAUCAUCCCGAGAGGUCACUGCCGGUGGCGAAGCGCGUUCCUUGCCUCGGCUCCAGGUCCUGGCUGUGCCCAGCUCCUCAAGGUGCCUGACCACGGACACCCCAGCCCAGUGCAGUGUCAGCCUCAAUGAAUUCCGGAAUCUCUGUGGUUUUGUGGAGUCGGUUUUGCUGGGAAAGGAAAAAAAAACCCCGAGGAGUUUAAUACAGGGUACGGUAGAACUGUAGCAAUAUUUUCCUUAGAGGGAACACUGAAACUUUAGCAGCACAAACAGUACUUGUGUUAAUAUUUUAGCAAAAUUAUAAUCAAUUUAAAUGUUUAAAUUGAUUGUACGUGAGAUAAUGUUCGUUGGGUACAGUGUAUUUUUUCUAACUAUAACAUAACUGUUCCAGAGUUUCCGUGUAACUGUAAAGAGCUAAAGCUGUGUCUGCCUGCGGGACGUGUCCUGCCCCGUGUGCCCCCCGUGCUGAAUAUUACACGCUCUGAAUGUCCCCCCCGAGGCCUGCAUUGCCUUUCUUUGCCCCCACACGCACAUCCCACCACGCUCUGAGCUCUGCAGGGACACGGGGACGACACCAGCACAACUCCUGGUGCUUCCCGAGGGUCGCUUCGGCUUCCCAAAGUCAGCGCUGUCUUUUCCUUGCAGCUGCUCCGCUGGGCAGGGAGGAGGAGGAGGAGGAGGAAGGCUCAGGUGCCUGAGGGGCUUCCUGGCGGAGCAGGAGAUGCUCCUUGAUUAAAGCAGAGCUGG